AAACAUAUUAUCAUAGUGACCGAGCCAGUAAUGUUGCCGGCAUUGAUUAAAAAAUUUUCUACACACAUUUCUCAGUACAAUAAAUGAUUUGUUCAUUAACAUGAAAUUGUGAAUAUCUAUUUAUGCGUUUGAUUUAUUAAAAAUGUCACGAUAUUUUCGAAAGUUACAUCCUUACCACUUAGCUUUUUUGAGUGGUAUCAAGCCAAGUUAUGACGAAAUUCUUACACCAAAAUAUAAAGACGAAAAACAGCCUAUAGGUUGGGAAGGAAUUAAAGCAUUAUUUAAAAAAGAUAAAAAUGGAGAAAUCAAUUCUGCAUUACUCAAUUUAUCGAACGCAAGUCUUUUUUGCACUUUAUGUGGUGGUUUAUAUGGUUCAGCGUUAGGUUCACAAAAAGCUUUUCAUGAUUUUAUUCAAAAUAAUGAUGCAACUAAGUUUCCAAGUCACAUCGAAGCUAAACGUAAAUUACAAGAUAAUGUUUUUUUGGGUAUGGGAAGACAUGGUUUAAAAUGGGCUAUCAAAGUUGGCUCAUUUUCAACUGUAUUUAUGACAACAGUAACAUUGUUAACUGCUUAUUUAGGCGGGCAUGGAGUUACAGAAUAUAUUCUUGCGGGCAGUCUUACUGGAACACUUUACAAAAUAAAUAUGGGAAUAAGAGGAAUGAUAGCUGGAUGCAUAGUUGGAACAUCUUUAGGAUCAGCAGCUGGAGUGAUAUUUAAUUUUAUCUUUUGGUUAUCAGGUUCGAAUCUUAGAGAAUUAUCUGAACUCCAAAAAGAAUUUUAUCUUCUUCGUAAAAGUAUAGCAUUUCAAAGUUCACGUAAGGAUACAGCCAAAGAAUUCGGAGAAGACCAUGAAGAAUCAGAAAAAAAAUCAUUAGAUACUCUUUUUGAAGAGCCAGCUAAAUAAAUUUUAUAUAAAUUUUUUUUAUUAUUAUUUAUUCAUUAAUUUAGAUAAAAUAAAAAUGAUUAAAUCGUUAUUUCAUGGUUGUUAGUAACGUCAAAUUUCUUAAUAAAAUAAUAAUUAUUUACAACAAAACUUUGGCUGCAGAAAAUAAUAGUACGGAUGUGGUACGUUUUCUUGUUCACUGAAGUUACUAAUGCACUCAAAGUAGGCCUUCAUCAUAAAUAAUUGAAAAAUUAUAAUUGCAUAAGAAAUGAUAAAUAAAAAUCUAUAAUUAUAAAAUA